CCGAUUACUACUUUUGUGGUUUAAAAUACAAAAAGCUUAUCCGAUCUUAUCAACAAAAUGAGCUUUGAAAGUUCACCACCUAAAGUCGUCGUGCCUUCGGUUCAUGAACUGAUUAAAGAAAAGAUCACCGAAAUCCCGAAUUCUUACAUCCGUACAAGUUGUGUUGAUCAUGAAGAUCAUCACACCACGGCUGACUACAACAUACCGGUUAUCGACGUACAAGGCCUACUCUCUGGAGAAUCAGUAUUGGCAGAUUCUGAAUUGGAGAAACUUCAUUCUGCUUGCCAAGACUGGGGCUUCUUUCAGGUGGUAAACCAUGGAAUUAGCUCUUUACUGAUUGAGAAAUUAAAGUCGGGAAUGCGCAACUUGUUUGAACUUCCAUUAGAGGAAAGAAAGAAGAUAUGUCAGGAACCAGGUGAUCAGAUGGCCGAGGGAUUUGGGCAACUGUUCGUUGUUUCAGAAGACCAGAAACGUGAUUGGUCAGAAACGUUCUACUUAACAGCUCAACCAACUAGAUUGAGAAAGCCUCAUUUAUUUGCCGGGAUACCAGUACUACUGAGGGAGUCGUUGGAAGCUUACUCUUCCGGAUUAAAAAACCUGACCAUGAUUCUACUAGGAAAAAUGGCGAAAGCUCUAAAGAUGGAUUCUGAUGAGAUAGAAGAGUUAUUCAAUGAUUGUUUGCAAAGAAUGGGACUGAAUUACUAUCCUCCUUGUCCUAAGUCAGAGCAGGUCAUAGGUUUAUCACCACACUCAGAUGCUGGGGCUUUGUCGGUUGUCCUUCAGCUCAAUGAAACCGAAGGCCUUCAGAUUCGUAAAGAUGGAAAAUGGGUAACUGUCAAUCCCAUCCCUGGUGCACUUAUAGUCAAUAUCGGAGACGUUUGGCAGAUUCUGAGCAAUGGUGCCUAUCCAAGUAUCGAGCACAGAGUAGUGGUGAAUCCAACAAUGGAGAGGCUUUCAAUUGCCACAUUCCAUUCAACCAAUCCAAAUGCAGAUAUUGGCCCUGCACUUAGCUUGAUUGAUCCUCCACAUAAACCAGCAUUAUUCCGAAGAGAGACUGUGAAGAAAUACUACCAAAACUUCUUUGCACAUAAACUUAAUGGAAAGACAACCAACUUAGGUUUCAUGAGGAUUCAAAAUGGCGAUCGGUCCAGCUGAUUGUUAUCAGAGUAAUACUGGUUGUAAUGUUUAUCUUAUCUGUAUUGGUUUAACUAUUUUAAGUUUGGAUUCUUAGUUUAAUCCAUGAAUAAAAUUUUCUAGAUAUGUACAUGCACACCUA